GGGGCCUGGGCGGGGCCGGGGCGGGGCCAGACCGGAGCCAGACCUGCACCGGGGCAGGCAAGAUGGCGGCCAUGGAGGCCGAGACGGCACCGCUGACCCUAGAAUCGCUGCCCACCGAUCCUCUGCUCCUCAUCUUGUCCUUCUUAGACUACCGGGACCUAAUCAAUUGUUGCUAUGUCAGUCGAAGACUAAGCCAGCUCUCAAGUCAUGAUCCACUGUGGAGAAGACACUGCAAAAAAUACUGGCUGAUAUCUGAGGAAGAAAAAACACAGAAGAAUCAGUGUUGGAAGUCUCUCUUCAUAGACACUUACUCUGACGUGGGAAGAUACAUUGACCACUAUGCUGCUAUUAAAAAGGCCUGGGAUGAUCUCAAGAAAUAUCUGGAGCCAAGGUGUCCUCGGAUGGUUUUAUCUCUGAAAGAGGGUGCCCGAGAGGAAGACCUGGACGCUGUGGAAGCUCAGAUCGGUUGCAAGCUUCCUGAUGAUUAUCGGUGUUCGUAUCGGAUCCACAAUGGGCAGAAGUUAGUGGUUCCUGGGUUGUUGGGAAGUAUGGCACUGUCGAACCACUAUCGCUCUGAAGAUUUGUUGGACGUUGACACAGCUGCUGGAGGGUUCCAGCAGAGACAGGGCCUUAAAUACUGUCUUCCUUUAACUUUUUGCAUACAUACUGGCUUGAGUCAGUACAUAGCAGUGGAAGCUGCAGAGGGCCGAAACAAAAAUGAAGUUUUCUACCAAUGUCCGGACCAAAUGGCUCGGAAUCCAGCUGCUAUUGACAUGUUUAUCAUAGGUGCUACUUUUACAGACUGGUUUACUUCUUAUGUCAACAAUGUUGUAUCAGGUGGCUUCCCUAUCAUCAGAGACCAAAUUUUCAGAUAUAUUCAUGAUCCAGAAUGCGUAGCAACAACUGGGGAUAUUACGGUUUCAGUUUCCACGUCGUUCCUGCCAGAACUUAGCUCUGUGCAUCCACCUCACUAUUUCUUCACAUACCGAAUCAGGAUUGAAAUGUCAAAGGAUGCACUGCCUGAGAAGGCUUGUCAGCUGGACAGUCGUUAUUGGAGAAUCACAAAUGCUAAAGGGGAUGUGGAAGAAGUUCAAGGCCCGGGAGUAGUUGGUGAAUUUCCGAUCAUCAGCCCAGGUCGGGUGUAUGAAUACACAAGCUGUACCACGUUCUCUACAACCUCGGGAUAUAUGGAGGGCUACUACACUUUCCAUUUUCUUUACUUUAAAGACAAGAUUUUUAAUGUUGCCAUUCCCCGAUUCCAUAUGGCAUGUCCGACAUUCAGGGUUUCCGUAGCUCGACUGUUUUGGUAAUUUGUGCCUUUCAAGGAAUUUGUCCAUUUCAUCUAAAUGUUGAAUUUAUUGGCGUAAAGUUAUUCACAAUAUUCCUUUGAUAUCCUUUUAAUGACUACAAGAGCUGUAGUCAUAUGUCCUCUUUUGUCCUUAAUAUUGGUAACUUAUACCUUCUCUUUGGUUCACUACUUUACCUAGAGGAUUAUCACUUUUAUUGAUCAUUUAAAGGGGAAAAAUUGGUUGUACCAAUUUUCUCUAUUGUUUGUUCAUGUUCUAUUUCGUUGAUUUCUGAAGUUUUCUUUCUCUCCUGGUGGGAUUUAAUUUGCUUUUCUUCUUCUAGUUUUUUAAGAUACACAUUUAGAUUAUUGAUUUUAGAGCUUUCUUCUCUAAGCACUGUUUAGCUGUUUCAUAAAUUUUGAUGUUUUCAUUGACAUUUAAUUCAAAGUAGUCCGAGAUUUCCCUUGUAAAUUAAUUCUGAUCUGUCACUUUUCUAGAAAUGUGUAAAUUUUCAAACAGUUGGAGAUUGUUCAGUUGUAUUUUGAUUAUUGAUUUCUAAUUCUAUGGUGGUUGGAGAACUUGCUCUGUACUUCUAAAAUGUCAUAUGGUCCAACAUUAUGGUCUGUCUUGAUUAAUGAUCCUUGUGUAUUUGAAAAGAAUGUAUAUUCUGUCAUUUGUGGGAGGAAAUUAUUCUAUCAGUAGUAGCUCAAUUGAUUGACAAUGUAUUUCAAUUUUAUGUAUUUAUUGAGUUUUGGGGAAAUUUCCAACUAAAAUUAUGAUUUGUAUAUUUCUUUUUUAAGUUUUGUUAGAUCUGCCUCAUGUAUUUUGAAACUCUAUACUUGUAUGCAGAUAUGCUUAGAAUUGUUAUGUCUUUUCAGUGAGGUGAUUCUUUUAUCAUUAUGAAACCUCCCUCUUUAUCUUUGAUAAUAUCCCAUGUCCUCAACUCUAAAGACUGGUGAAGUUUGCUUUGGCAGGCAGUUGAGUUAUUUUUUGGUCAGCUUGAGCCUUUGGAGGCUUGUUUUACCAUUUGUUAGGGUGGGUAUAAAGUAGCCUUUACUUAAUGGCAGUGGUUCUCUAACUCUGCAGUCUCCUGACCCCCCUUGAACUCUUAACACUGAUAGAGGACACCAAAGAACUCCUGCUUAUGUGGGUUAUAUGGAUAUUUACCAUAUUAAAACUAAAACAUGUUUACCACAUUAUUAUAAGUUCCUUUUAAAGUUAUAAUAAAAAAAACUGAUUUCAUGUUCAGCCUUCUCCUAACUGUGUUCUCACUUAUUCACAGUUAAUUUCCUCCUGACCAAGAAUAAGCAUAUAAAAUCUUGACCUGCCUUGUGAAAAAUUCUUCCUCUCAUGCAUGAGAAAUCGGUGAAAAGAAAUGAGAAUUCUGGACUUAUUUCUGGUCAACAUGAAAAAGGCAGUGGGGGUAGUAUUGUUGAACUUUUCUUUUUUAAAUGUUAGUUUUCUUGAUUUGGAAACUGAGUUGUUCUGUUCCUUUUUUGUCCUUACCAUUCUAAUUAGUUGGCUUAUUUUUUCCUUUGUCUUCAAUACUUCGAGUACCAUGUUCAAAUACACCACAGGCCGGUCUCAUGCUUGUUCUUGGUCUAGGUGGUUUGUUUUGCUUGUUUGGGCAUUUUAGAGGCCCCUGGUAAUCACUUACUUGCGCUCUGGUCUGUGUGCCCCUUUCUGUCUGCUGUUUGAGUGCUUUUAUCUGAGCAAUAUCUCUUUAGCCACAUUGGUUUCCUUUGUUUUCCAUUUUUGUCUUCUUUAAAAUAAUAAUCAUACUACCUAGAUAUUAUUCUGUUUUAGGGUUUCCCAAGCCUUCCCCUUUCUUCGUUUUGGGUUUCCUAUGGAAUUUUAGUCUCCAUUCCUUAGAUUAAGAAAAAAAAUCCAAAGAUACAAAUAAUGGAAUAUCUUGUAAGUCAUAUCUGUGUAUUUUCUUCAGUUGUUAUUGUUGUUGUUAGUGUUACAAUAAAUCCUAAAUGACACAA